UGGUUAUUGCUAACCAUAGUAUUCAAUCAGUACUGGUCAGGCGAUCAUCGGACCACCAUCUUGCACCAGGAGCACAAAAUUAGGGGUUGUAUGGCAGUGCAGAACUUCGCAUUUUUUCCUGCAUUUCUCCCAUUCCUAACCUCCAGCGUCUUUAUUUUCUAGAAAGCUCUCCAACAUCUCUCGCAACUCAAGCUCAAGUGCUCCAACAUUUCUGGAUCGAUCUUGCUAUUAGAGAAGAUCAGAAGACCGGUAGAAGCCCGCUACAACUCCACCUAAUUAUCCAGGCCGAAACCUACAGGGCCACAUUCACAAUCGAUCAAGAACUCAAGCUAGGCUGCCAGAGACGACGCCGUAUCCAGUUCCUGUUUUCCUUGGGAGUUCUUUGUCUUCCGUCUUGAGGUGCUCCAAGUACACAAAGGAUUCCCUGCAGUCCGUACCUAUUUGCAGAGUUGGAUUCCUGUUCAUCAAAAGACGAGAUAAGAGUCCUAGCUUGGCUGAAGAACUCCAGGAAACACAUCCGCAGGUAAACAGGUCACUUGAAGCAAUAAGCAGUAUCUGAGGAAGCAUGGCCAAGCAUCACCCAGAUUUGAUCAUGUGUAGGAAGCAGCCAGGAAUUGCCAUUGGGCGGCUUUGCGAGAAAUGUGAUGGCAAGUGCGUGAUUUGUGAUUCGUAUGUGCGUCCUUGCACCCUUGUACGGGUCUGCGAUGAAUGCAACUAUGGAUCAUUCCAAGGCAGAUGUGUGAUUUGUGGAGGGGUUGGCAUAUCUGAUGCCUACUACUGCAAAGAGUGUACCCAGCAGGAGAAAGAUAGGGAUGGGUGUCCCAAGAUCGUCAAUUUGGGGAGUGCCAAAACAGAUCUCUUUUACGAGCGUAAGAAAUAUGGCUUCAAGAAAAGAUGAAGGGCGUACGCUAAAUUCAUUUCGUCCCCUAUGAUCCAUACAUUGUUUUUUGAUUUUAUUUGGGGCAUCUCUGUCUUGUUUCAAGAUUUUCUGUUGCCUAAUGUACGAGAUGGAGAUCGAACUCCUGUCUUGAGGGACUUUUUAUGUCAUUAGCGGCUUAGCCUCA